GAGUAGCAAUUCGCUUACCUUUGCCGUGUGUGGAUUUACCUACGAUCAGACGAUCGACACAGUCCGUGCUGCGCGGUCGCAAGUAGUGCAAAAUGAAUGGUCUCUUAAUCAGCUUAACUGUGCUCCUAGCACUCUUCAACUCUGGCGCAGUCAACGCCCGCACGGGCUAUGGUCCGGGCGAACAGGAUUGGGGCUUUGUGGACGUUCGCAAGGGCGCCCACAUGUUCUACUGGCUCUACUACACUACAGCCAAUGUCACCAGCUAUACGGAUCGGCCCUUGGCCAUUUGGUUGCAGGGUGGCCCAGGUGCUUCAUCCACGGGCUAUGGCAACUUCGAGGAGCUGGGACCUUUGCAGCUGGAUGGCAGCUAUCGCGAGUGGACUUGGGUCAAGGACAUGAAUGUUAUAUUCAUUGACAAUCCCGUGGGAACUGGAUUCAGUUAUGUGGAUGGCUCCUCUUAUUACACCACCACCAACAAGCAAAUCGCUUUGGAUCUGGUAGAGUUCAUGAAGGGCUUCUAUGCGCUUCAUCCGGAGUUUAAGAAGACGUCUUUUCAUAUUUUCUGUGAGAGCUAUGGAGGCAAAAUGGCACCAGAGUUUGCCCUGGAGCUGUACUAUGCUAUACAGCGAGGUGAAAUCGAGAGCAACUUGCAGUCAGUAGCUCUGGGUGAUCCCUGGACAUCGCCCAUUGACUCCGUGCUUUCCUGGGCGCCUUUUCUACUUCAGCUGGGCAUUGUGGAUCAGGAUGGACAUGAUAAGAUCGAAGCUUCUGCCUUGAAGACCAAGAAACUUGUUGAUGACGGAAAGUGGACACAGGCCACACUCCAAUGGAGCUCCACCCAGUCGGUGGUGCUGCGUGAAUCUAAGGGCGUGGAUUUCUACAAUGUGGAGACGCCCACUCGUGGGGAUAAGUAUCUGAGGCAGGUUGUAGAGAUGAAUCCAGAAGAGCGCAUGUAUCGCACCUUGGUGCACUUUGACAUCGAUGAGAAUCGAGAUAAGCUGCUGAAUGAGCUAAUGCUGGGACCCGUCACCGAAGCACUUAACAUAACCAGCGGCAUCAAGUGGGGCGCUCAAAGCGGAACAACUUUCAACAAGCUUAUGGGCGACUUUAUGAAGCCAGCUGUUCAUAUUGUUGAGGAGCUGCUGAAUAGCACAACUGUUCAAGUUGGUGUCUUUUCGGGUGGCCUGGACUUGAUAUGUGCCACGCCCGGUGCGGUCAACUGGAUUGGUGAUAUGAAAUGGAACGAUAAAGACAAAUAUUUGAGCAGCCCUCGCGUUGGCAUCACUGUGGAUCGCGUGCUGGAGGGAUACAAGAAAACAGCUGGAAAUUUCAGCAUGUUCUGGGUAAAUCGGUCUGGUCAUAUGGUACCAGCUGAUAAUCCCGCUGCCAUGUCGCACAUUCUGCAACAAUAUACGAAAUUUGGUUAAGAUAAGCUAAAAUGUUCAUAAUGAAACAAAUAGCGAACGCUAUGUAAACAUGUAUAGUAUAUAAACAGAAAGUUGUGCGUGCUCAAAU